AUGCCCCGGAGACCCCGGAGGAGCUCAGACUGCGGAGCCCCGGAGCAGGGCUCGGACACCGGGGAAGCAGAGGAGGAGACCCCGCUGGCCUCCCUCCUCGAUGGUUCAUACCCCUACGACCCCUCCAGCUGGCAGCAACAAACCAAUCAGCCCACAGGAUCACUCUCCGUGGUAACCACCGUCUGGGGAGUCACCAAUCCCUCAGCCAGCCAGGGUCUGGGUGGAGGAGUGAUGGGGCCAGGGUCGAACCAAGGAGGGGGACCCAUGAUGCAGGGCCCCGGGGGUCCGGGAAUGGCCGGGGGACCUGGAGGCUACAUGGGCCAGCAGGGCUACGGAGAGCCAAACAAAGGCUACAUGAACCAGGGCAUGUACGGCCGGACGAGUGGGGGCUACGCUGGAGGACCGGGGGGGUACGCAGGGAGUUACCAGUCGAACCCCGGAGGCUCUCGAGGCUCGGCCGACUUCACUCAGGCAGCUGCUGCUGCAGCAGUCGCCGCUGCUGCUGCCACGGCAACGGCCACGGCCACGGCAACAGUCGCCGCCAUCCAGGAGAAACAAAACCAGGAAAUGAACUACGGACAGAUGGGAGGUCCAGCCUAUAACAACCAGUUCAUGGCUCACUCCGGCCCCCGCGGACCCCCUGGCAUGGCCCCUGGAGGUAUGGGCCCCGGUCCUGGACCUAACAGAGGACCCCCCACAAUGGGCCCAAUGUACGGACCAGGAGGCGGCCCCCAGAGGGUCGCUCAGCAUCCAAACUACGGCCCUGGACCACAGCAGAGCCACCUGAGGCCGCCACAGGGUCUCAAACGGCCGUACAGCUCUGAGUCGUUCCAAGGCAUGCCUCAGCAGUACGGCGUCCCCGUUGGUUCUAAUGUGAACGUGAUGCAGGGUUCUGGUGGUCCAGGUGGUUCUAUGCCAGGAUCAGGUGGUGGCGGCCAUGGUGGACCCGGCCCGUACUCUGGCCCCGGCAUGCAGUACCACCCAGGUCCUGGUGGUCCAGGCCCCGCCCCACAGCGCUCUGACUCUUCCCCCUCGUACCAGACCCACAAGAUGCCCCUCCAACAGUACCCGCCCUCUGGACCCCCAAACCCACAGUACUACAAGCAGGAACAGUUCAAUGGUCAGGGUGGAGGUUUAAACUCUCUGACAGCAGGGGGCACUGGCGGCGUCUACAACUCCUUCAACCAACCGUCAGGGCCGGGUCGAGGGUUGCCAGGUUACCCCUCCUCCCCUGUACCUGGAAACCCGACCCCUCCAAUCACCCCCAGCAGCUCCAUGGCCCCGCCCUACAUGUCGCCUGGCAACAGUGACGUCAAGCCGAACCCAGCUUCCUUCCUGCCCGACAUCAAACCCAACAUGGCCGGCCUGCCUCCUCCUCCUCCAACAGGUAACCCUAGCGACGACCUGCGGCUGACCUUCCCGGUGCGUGAUGGUGUGGUUUUAGAGCCGUUCAGAUUAGAGCACAACCUGGCUGUCAGCAAUCAUGUCUUCCAGCUGAGAGACUCCGUCUACAAAACGCUCAUCAUGAGACCGGACCUGGAGCUGCAGUUUAAGUGUUACCACCACGAGGAUCGACAGAUGAACACCAACUGGCCAGCCUCCGUCCAGGUGAGUGUGAACGCCACCCCUCUCACCAUCGAGCGAGGCGACAACAAAACCUCCCAUAAGCCUUUGUACCUGAAGCAAGUGUGUCAGCCGGGCAGGAACACGAUCCAGAUCACCGUCACCGCCUGCUGCUGUUCUCACCUGUUUGUGCUCCAGCUGGUUCACCGUCCGUCGGUCCGCUCGGUGCUGCAGGGUUUGAUGAAGAAGAGGCUGCUGCCUGCAGAGCACUGUGUCACUAAGAUAAAGAGGAACUUCAGCAGCGGCACCAUCCCUGGGACCCCCGGGUUAAAUGGAGAGGACGGCGUGGAGCAGACCGCCAUCAGAGUCUCGUUAAAAUGUCCCAUCACGUUCAGACGCAUCCAGCUGCCCGCCAGAGGUCACGACUGCAGACACAUACAGUGUUUUGAUCUGGAGUCGUACCUGCAGCUGAACUGUGAGAGAGGAACGUGGAGAUGUCCUGUGUGCAAUAAAACCGCUCUGUUGGAGGGUCUAGAAGUGGAUCAGUACAUGCUGGGGAUCCUCAUCUACGUUCAGAACUCGGAGUACGAGGAGAUCACCAUCGACCCGGUGUGCAGCUGGAAGCCGGUCCCCGUGAAGCCCGACAUCCACGUGAAGGAGGAGUCGGACGGUCCCGUGUUGAAGCGCUGCCGGACACUCAGCCCGAGUCACAUGGUCCUGCCCAGCGUAAUGGAGAUGAUCGCAUCGCUAGGCCCCUCCUCCUCCUCCAACCCUGCCUCCGCCUCCUCCCCGAUGCCCUACCCGUCCCUGUCUGCAGGGGGCAGCAAUAACAGCAACAACACACCAGACUACCCCGGACCAGCUCCGUCCUAUCCCAGUCAGUCUGCUGGUUUCUCAGACUUCAGUGGUCCUGGGACUCCGGGAAUGGGGGGGGAUUUCUCCUCCCCAGGUCCUCCCCCUCUCUCCUACCAGUCUGAGCUCUCCAGCGCCCUCCUCACCCCCGACAAACCUCCCCCUCAUCCGCUGGCUGGACAGAUGUCGGUCUCAGGCCGUCUGGACUCCACUUCCCAUGGUGCUCCUCUCCCCCAGCAGCAGUCGCAAGGUCUCCACGGCAACUCCCAACUGGGGGCUAACAACCAGAUGAUGCAGCGUAGCAACCAGAAUCCCCGUCUCCAAGGCGACAGCUCCUUUGGUCUGGGAGGAUCCUCGGAGGUUCCAGAACCUUCUCUGGACUUGCUUCCAGAGUUGACCAACCCUGACGAGUUGCUGUCGUACCUCGGACCUCCGGACCUCCCGAACAACAACAACGACGACCUGCUGUCGCUGUUCGAGAACAACUGAACACUCUCACACACACACACACACACACACACACACACACACACACACACACACACACACACACACACACACACACACACACACACACACACACACACACACACGAACAUACUUUCAGAGACUUUAGUGUAUAUUACAAACUCUUUCUCUCCUCGCCCGCCAACAUGACGCGCGGUCCAACAUGGCCGCCGUCUGCACAGGACGGAGCGGACGAUCAGAAGGAAACAAACAACCUUUUCAAAAUCGUUAAUGUGUGACUAUGAACUUGAUGGUAACUUUAUUUUAUUGUUUUUUUUUUUUUUUUAUCCUCUGAAACUGUAUUUUGAUGUUUCAUCCUUCAUUCCCAGUCGACAAAAUAUUUAAAGUGACGACGACGCUGCUGCUUUAACUACACACACACACACACACACACACACACACACACACACACACACACACACACACACACACACACACACACACAGUCACUGCUGAAACUCUCCAAAUCACCCGUGUUUGUUUUUUAAAUCUCACAGGUUCAGUGAGUUUCUAAGAGCGAUGAAUCGGUCAGUCGGGGUUGAAGAGGUUCAGCAGUGAUGAGCUGUGGCUGUGUUUGUAAUUAAAGAGCGGUAUGGUCCUUUAAAGGCGGAAUAUUUCUGCUCCAUGAGACUUUUAAAUGUGUCGGUAUAAACAAUCCAAGAUGAGCUUUAAAGGAGUGAAGGUGAGAUGUGGAGACUCUGAAGACGAAGAACUGUUGAGAAACUUUCAUUUACACUCAGCCACAGAGAAAACGCUUCACUGUGAAGAUCCUUACGGCGUGUGUCCACCUGGCGUUUUCUUCAGGGAGUAAAACGCUGGCUGUGCGCUAAGAAUAAAAGCUCUGCACGUGUAUCAUGUCUCUAUGACAUCGGUCUCUAGACUACAGCCGCUGUAUGACUGACACUGCUCUGUUGAUUUUUACUGUAUGUUUUAUAUUUCCUUCACUGAGCAUCAAACGGAGGAGGUCUGCCUCCGAUGUUGACUGGAGGAUGAGCUUAAUAGUAGUAAUAAUAAUAAUAAUAAUGGCCGCCCAGCAAUCCUAGUUCUGAUCAUACACGGAACAAAGAGGAUUUUGUUACAAGACACAAUCUGUAGACAAAAGAGACAAAAAUAAGAGGACUACAUGAUUGGCUGGAGCGGCCACACAAAAAAAGGGCGGAGCGCUUGGUAAGAGGACGCUGAGUGCUGGCGGUCGCCACCUGCUGCUGCUGCAAACGCUCUCUUUGUGUUAGGAACAAUUUAAAAAAGAUUCUGCCACGCAGAAAAAAGACGCCAGGUGGACGCAAAACUUAAGUUCAAAACCAUCAAAUAAGGAUUUUAUCAAAGAUUCCAAAAACACAGAACUGCUGAUAAGUCAUCAGAAAAUAAAUAAACUUCAUGUGUUUGACGUUAUGUAGAAAUAUUUUCAAAGAUUAAUCUAAAAACACUCAAAACUACGGCAGACAAUGAGGGCCAAAUUAAAGAAAUAUAAUCUGAAAUUUUAGGAUUUAAUCGUGAUUUGACAAGAUUAUAGUUGUAAGAGAAUAAAAAUGUAAUAUUAGGAGAAUAAAGUCUUAAUGUUGCAAUAUCAAAGUCAUAAAUGUUUGGCUGUGGUUAGCCUGUAUUUUAUUUUGAAAGGGCAUAUCAGGAGAGAAGCCAGUCGCCUGCACUAUAAAGAGAACUGUUGAGCAUCUUGUGAAUUUAUACUUUAGUUAAAGUUUUUCAAAUAACUGAACACUUCCUGUUUGUCGAGCAGGCGGCUGGUCACUCUUCUUGAAAAAAAGCAAACAGGCUGAAAUAAUGACUUCUUUUCAGGUUGUUUUUCACACAAAUUACAAUUUAAAUCUCCAGCUAUAUUUUACUCUUGAGUGCGGCCCUCUUACUCCAUCGUACUAAAUCACAGAAACAGAGGCGCAGAUUGUUUCUUUAAUCUGUUUGAAUCUGAUUUUGAGCUUCAGUCACGAGAGAGAUCCAUCACAUGCCGUGUGUGUUUCAGUGUUUGAGGAUUAAUGCUGUUAAACUUUUAACAACAAAGAUGACGAGGAUCAAUCAGUGAGUUGAUUGGUCCACAAAAAAAAUAAUCAGCAGCUCUCUUCAAAAUGCAUAUUUUUACAAUGAAUUGUCCCAAAAAAUGUGAGAAACAUCCGUUUAGUAAAAUGUGAAAAAGGAGAUUUGAGUGAUUGGAGGAGUGUGGUCGUGUCCGAUUUGAUGAGGGAUUGCACUCUACUUUUAAAUUUCACCUACGCUGUUUGUCGUUGGCGGUCACAGUAGCUGCACCUUUAAUCUCAGAUCCACCCUAAGUCAUUUUUUUUCUAGAUCAGCGCCUGAGCCUGACUCUUUUUUUUGAAAAGUUUCUGAAACGAGAAGAAUUAGUUCAGAGUUGAGUGAUACAGAAUGAGGAAUGUUUCAGGUCUGAUUUUAGUGAACAAUCGAGGACGUCCACCACAUAUGCAGAGUUUAAGUCCAAUGUGAAGCCAUAGGUCAAAAGUGACUUUUUACAUCAGGUGUGUAAAGUACGUUUUGUAGUCAAUAGUUUGAGCAGCCCUGAGAUCUGACUGACUUACAUCAUGGCUGCUGCCUGACGCUUUGACCUGACCAGUCGGCUCGUUUGUGUUUUUAUCUUUAUUUUCUUUUAUUGAUUAAAAUAACAUGAAGCUAAAGUGACUUUAAGAGACAAACAAUAGGAGAUACAGUAAGGGAAGUUUUUCAUAAGAUAAGUUCAAAAAGGAAAUCAUUGGCAGGUUGUUUAAUGAUCAAUAGUUUCUGAAAGUACUCAAGCUUUAAAAAAAACUCUGGUUUAAGGGGAUGUUUUUAACCCAAAAGUGCUGCGAGCUAAACAGAGAGAGAGUACUGUCUACAUGUUUUGUUUCUUAACCGAAACGUUGCAAAUCUAUUCGUUAAAUUUGGACAGUGGGCAGGAGUUUACAGGCGUCUUUGGGUGAUUUAAAAAAUUGUUUUUUUACGAAUACUGGUUGCGUUAACGAAACUGUUUGUAUUUUACUAGAAUAACGACUAAAUUUAAGAAGCAGUAACCGUGACAACCCUAACCUGCAGGGGUGGCCCUUGACUUACGCAGGGGGGGGAGGGGCAUGAAGUUUGUGGUUACACAUACACAAAUUAAUUAAAAAUGUUUGAAUCUUUCUAAACCCACAAACUUUAAGUACUAGUAAGAAACACAAUUUGGCAAAAUAUAAAUCUUUAGUUUCUUUAUGGACUCAAAAACUAAGAUAUAUGAGCAAAUUUGAAAGUACUUAAAAGGAUUGCAUGCUUACUGUCGCAACGCUGUCUAAUUUACAAAAAUACAUUUAUUGGCAGGGUAGACGAUGUGUGCUAGUGUUUGCUUUGGAGUUUUUAUGGAAAGAACAAAGUCAUUUUAAAGUAAAACUGAAAGUACUAACAGCAACAAAAUACAACAUUACAUGUAAAGAAAACUAUCGGCAGCCUUUUGAAAACAACCAGAAUAGUUGAUUUCAACUCAAGUCCACCCUCUGAUUAGGCGAAUAGCCAAUCAUUGAUUUGGACUCUGGGGUGGCCAAUCAAAUUAAAAGGGAGGCAAAUGCCACCCCUCUGGACACGCCCCUGCUGACAUGCACGCAUUUGGAUCUAGUGGUAACACAUCACUCGGACAGAUACGUUUCACUAACGGGCCAGAAGAAAAGAAGCACCAGAGAAUAUUUGAAAGAGAAAUGAGGAUGAGAGCAGAAACUAAAACUCUGCAUGUUGUGUGUUUUCUCUCUCGUCUGUGGCUGAGUGUAAAUGAUUUCACAUGACAUAAAAACUGAUUUUUUUUUUUUAAAUAGUAAAGGGGCCAAAAUGAUUUAAUUCGGAUCUCUGUCAUUGUUGUCUUCACUCCUGCAGUCGAGCGUUCAAGCAAGGAGUUCUUGGAUUUCAGGGCAACUUUAUGAGGCAAAGAGAGAAGAAAAAAUGAAUUUAAAUGAAAGUCGAUGAGAGGAUUGUUGUUAUUGCCUCAAACGGUUGCCCUGAGCCCAAAGAGCUCCUCGACCAGUUUGUGUAUGUAAUAUCUGAUGGUCCAUCUUCACCCCCUCCCCCUCCCCCUCCUCGUUCUUCUGUAUGUUGUAAAGUGACUCGAGUCCAGACAAGUCGUGGUGUCUCCGUGUCCCUGUGAGUUCUCCGGCUCCUGGAACGAAUAAAGCUAUACAUGAUCACACUGUAUGAUUCAGUAAUGAUGCUAAUAAUAACAGCAACAAUAUUAUUAAUAAUAAUAAUAAUAAUAAUAACCUUUGUAAUUUAAUAAACACACACUGGAAAGACACGCAGAGGACAACAUGUGCUGAUUUGUGUGAAAGAUGAAAGGAAGUGCGAAGAAGCAUCCGGGAAAACUGGAGAGAAACACAUUAAAUAAAAGGUGAUUUGUUUUA